AUGGAAAGGGUGAUGCUGGCAGCUGCCAUUGCAAACUCCAACUCCAGCACCAUGAACGCAUCCCUGGCUUACCUCCAUUUUGCUGGAGGGUACCUGCCCUCUGACUCCAAGGACUGGAGAACCAUCAUCCUAGCUCUCUUGGUGGCCGUCUGCCUGGUGGGUUUCGUGGAGAACCUGUGUGUGAUCGGCAUCCUCCUUCACAGUGCUUGGAAAGGAAAGCCAUCCAUGAUCCACUCCCUGAUUCUCAACCUUAGCCUGGCUGACCUCUUCCUCCUGCUGUUUUCUGCACCUGUCCGAGCUACAGCCUACUCCAAAGGCGUCUGGGACCUAGGAUGGUUUGUCUGCAAGUCCUCUGACUGGUUCAUCCACACCUGCAUGGCAGCCAAGAGCCUGACAAUCGUUGCAGUGGCCAAAGCAUGCUUCAUGUAUGCAAGCGACCCAGCCAAGCAAGUGAGUAUCCACAACUGCACCAUCUGGUCAGUGCUGGUGGCCAUCUGGGCGGCGGCCAGUCUGUUACCCCUGCCGGAAUGGUUUUUUAGCACCACCAGGCAUCACGCAGGUGUGGAAAUGUGUCUCGUGGAUGUACCAGCUGUGGCCGAAAAGUUCAUGUCAAUGUUUGGUAAGCUCUACCCUCUCCUGGUAUUUUGCCUCCCAUUACUCUUUGCCACCUUUUAUUUCUGGAGAGCUUAUGGCCAAUGUAAGAAACGAGGAACUAAGACUCAAAAUCUGAGAAACCAGCUGCGCUCUAAGCAGCUCACAGUGAUGUUGCUGCGCAUUGCCAUCACCUCUGCUCUCCUGUGGCUCCCAGAAUGGAUAGCUUGGUUGUGGGUAUGGCACUUGAAGGCCGGAGGCCCGACCCCACCACAAGGCUUCAUAGCCCUGUCUCAAGUCCUGAUGUUUUCCAUCUCUUCAGCAAAUCCUCUCAUUUUUCUAGUGAUGUCAGAGGAGUUCAAGGAGGGCUUGAAAGGCUUCUGGAAAUGGAUGAUAAUCAAAAAACCUCCAAGGGCCUCUCAGUCUCAGGAAAUACCAGCUGGCAACUCAGAGGUCCUACCAGGAAAGGUUCCAUCUCCAGAGUCUCCAACAUCCAUACCAGAGGAAGCGAAACCUAGCUCUCCCUCAUCCAGCAAAGAGAAAACUGAGAAGACAGAGAUCCCCAUCCUCCCUGACGUGGAGCAGUUCUGGCAUGAGAGAGACACAGUCCCUGCUGUCCAAGACAAUGACCCCAUCCCCUGGGAACAUGAUCAAGAGACAGGAGGGUUGUGA